CAGGGCUGGGCUCCCUUCCCGACCGGCUGCGACGAUCUCCGCUCCGCGCCGGCGGGUCCCACCCUGCUCCGGGGCGGGGACUCUCCCAGCCGGGCGAAGCUCUGACAUCCCUGCCGGGCUCCCCGGGGACCGCAGGUGACUAACUGCCUGGGGACUGGGACAGCAGCAGAUUGUCCACAUAGGAGAACAAUGGCAACAAUCAAGGGGGUCUCCAGUUUCAGUGCUGAGCAAGAAGCACAGGCACUGAGGAAGGCAAUGAAGGGAUUUGGCACAGAUGAAGAUGCUAUCAUCGAGGUCUUGACCAAACUAAACGUUUCCCAACGUCAGCAAGUUCUGAUCACCUAUAAAAGCAGCAUUGGCCGGGAUUUGAUUGAUGACUUGAAGUCUGAGCUGAGUGGGCAUUUUGAAAGGGUGAUCAUUGGUAUGAUGACUCCAACCACCAUGUACGACGUGCAUGAACUGAGGAGGGCCAUGAAGGGUGGAGGAACAGAUGAAGGUUGCCUGAUUGAAAUUCUGGCUUCUCGCACUAACGAUGAGAUUCGGCGCAUCAACGAGAACUACAAACUUCAAUAUGGCCGUACCCUGGAGGAGGACAUUGUCUCUGACACAUCUUCCAUGUUCCGAAGGGUCCUCGUGUCCCUCUCGACGGGAAACAGAGAUGAGGGAACAUAUGUGGAUGAUGCCCUUGCUCAGCAAGAUGCUCAGUGCCUGUAUGAAGCCGGGGAGAACAAAUGGGGAACAGAUGAGGUACAAUUUAUGGCCAUCCUCUGUACACGGAACAGAUACCACCUGCUAAGAGUUUUUGAUGUAUACAGAGGGAUUGCUAAUAAGGACAUCAUAGACAGCAUUAAAUCUGAGAUGUCAGGAGACCUCGAAGAUGCUUUGUUAGCUGUGGUGAAGUGUGUGCGAAAUAAACCUGCCUAUUUUGCUGAACGAUUGUAUAAAUCCAUGAAGGGCUUGGGAACAGAUGACAGCACCUUGAUCCGAGUGAUGGUGUCCCGCUGUGAGAUAGACAUGCUGGAUAUCAGGAGGGAAUUCCUGGCCAUGUAUGGGAAAUCACUCUACUCCUUCAUUAAGGGAGAUUGCUCAGGAGACUAUAGGAAGGUUCUGCUCAGACUCUGUGGUGGGGAGGAUUAAAGGCUGCCUGGUGUCCUGCCUGGGUGAUGGGAAGCAGCUGAUCAUAAGGAUUUCUUUCUUUUUAAUUUCUCCCAAAUACCUUAUUAAUUGCUAAGAGCACUGACUUAGGUUAGUUAAUGCUCUGGUUAGAUAAUGGCCAUUCUAGCUGACCCUUUUGGCACGCUUUUAUGCUUGGAACACCCAUUUGUCUACUAACUGGGCUGGCAAAACCCAUCUUAAAAGGAGUGCUGUAACCAAAGAGAUAAAAGCUCAAUAAUUUCCUGACAAGCUGUCCCUUUGCCAUUGCAGAACUUAGCAGCUGAAGCAAACUGGGGUGCAGAACGGGAGAGGCUGCACAGGGCAAAAUAACCUCAUCAGAACACAGAGAGUGCAGAAAGUAGGCUUACUUCAGGGUUUGCUAGAUAAUUAAAAUACUUAGAAAAUACAAGCACAAUUAAAUCUUAGAAUCACAGAAUAGUUUGGGUUGGAAAGGAUCUUAAAGAUCAUCCAGUCCCACCCCCUGGAUGGGCAGGGACACCUCCCACCAGCCCAGGCUGCUCCAAGCCCCAUCCAACCUGCCCUUCAACACUUCCAGGGAUGGGGCAGCCACAGCUUCUCUGGGCAACUUGUUCCAGCAUCUCACCACUCACCACCCUCACAACCAGGAAUUCCCUCCUCAUGCCCAACCUCAACCUCCCUCUCCCAGUUCUAAUCUAUCCCUCCCUGCCCUUGUCCCAAGCCCCUCCCCAGCUUUCCUGGAGCCCCUUCAGGCACUGGAAGCUGCUCUAAGGUCUCCCUGGAGCCUUCUCUUCUCCAGGCUGAACACCCCAACUCUCCCAGCCUGGCUCCAGAGCAGAGCUGCUCCAGCCCUCUUAUCUUACCUUGCCCCCUGUUAGUGUGGAGCAUUAACAGCCUUGCUGCACUUUAUAUAUAAUGUUAUAUUUAUAUAUAAUUAUAUAUAUAUAAAAUUAUAUAUAUAUAUACACAUAUAUAUGUUGCCUUCUGGAUAGGGAAGAUGUCACUGGUGACAUUGGAAUAAGCUUUUCCCACCCUGGUUACAGGCUAGCCCCGUGUUCUUGGUGUGUCUUCCUUGACUCAUGGGAAUAUAAAUCAUCAGAGUUACAUUACAAACCCUUCCUUGGUAUAAAGUGGUGUCAUUAGAGCAGUGCCUUUUAAGGAAUGACCUGUCCCCAAAAAAGCUGUCCCCCAAAUGAGCACUACCUGAUGUCUUAGGCUGGGCUGCCUGGUACUGGGGUAGCUCACCAAGCCCCACCAGUGCUGGUGGGAGCCUGGUGUGUGUGUGACCAGUGCCCAACUUGCACUUCCUCACCAACCUCUGCAAGAGACAUUUCCCCAGACCCUACAGAGCUGCCUGUAAAGCUGAGCAAAAAUAUGGUUCUUGUUUGGCUUAGCAAUUUAUAUUUUUUUAGCUGUUUGUACAUAACCCUGUUUUGAAGGCUUCAGGCUGAGGUCAGAAUUUGAAGGCACAAUUACCCAAUUCUGUCACCAUUUUCUUCUGAAUUAAGCUUGAAUAGGUGAUACUUCUGUCACCUCAAGUAAAAUAAUGUGCUUUCUUGCUUUCUGCUCUAAUUGGAGAUAGGUUCCUUAGUUUUGGUGGGAGAGGAGGCUUAGCUUUCUCCAGUUCUUCUGAAGCCUUCUGCUCAGUGAAGGAAAACUUGUCUUACUCGGUACCACGGGCUACGAGGAGCACUCAGGCUUGGGUUUGUGUUCAGUGCCUCAUGUUAUGUUGCUGACUUGUUAAAAAUUAAUAAAGAAUUUGUUUCUGUA